AUGCGGGUGCUGAGCCUCGGCCUCCGCCUCCUGGCGCUGACCUGCGCCGUGACCGCGCUGCGCGGGGCCGGAGCGCAGCGGCGGGCGCUGGACGCGGGCAGCCGCCGGCGCUCCCACCGGGUGCAGCACGGGCACUGCAGCUACACCUUCGUGCUGCCCGAGGCCGACCCCGCGCCCUGCGCUGCAGCCGCCGCUGCCGCCGCCGCCGCUGUCCCCGGUCCGGCCAAGGCGCUCCUGCAGCGGGACUCGCCGGCUGGCACCGCGCACGGCGGCCACCGAGCGGCCCAGCGCCUGCGGCACCUCGAGAGCGCCCUGGAGAACAGCACCCAGUGGCUGCUGAAGCUGGAGAGCUACAUCCAGACGGGCAUGAAGCCGGAGGUGGCGCAGGCAGCGGUGCAGAACCAAACCGCCACCAUGCUGGAGAUCGGCAGCAGCCUCCUCAACCAGAGCGCGGCGCAGAGCCGCAAGCUCACCGACGUGGAGGCCCAGGUGCUGAACCAGACGUCACGCAUCGAGAUGCAGCUGCAGGAGAACUCGCUGUCCACCACCAAGCUGGAGAAGCAGCUCCUGCUGCAGACCAACGAGAUCCACAAGCUGCAGAACAGGAACAACAUCCUGGAGGUGCGGGUGCUGGAGAUGGAGACCAAGCACCAGGAGGAGCUGGAAGGGGCCCGCUCCGAGAAGGAGAAGCUGCAGCGGUUGCUGAGCCGGCAGAGCGGCACCAUCGAGGAGCUGGAGAAGUCUCUGCUGGCCACCAGUGCCAACACCAGCCUGCUCCAGCGCCAGCAGCUCCAGCUCCUCGAGGCCGUGCAGAGCCUGGUGCGCCUCGUGUCGCAGGGCAGAGCCACGCUGCCGGGGCAGGAGCAGCAGUUCCAGGACUGUGCCGAGAUGCACCGGGCCGGCAUCCGCACCAGCGGUGUCUACACCCUGCACAUCAGCAACCUCAGCGAGCCCAAAAAGGCGUACUGCGACAUGGAGACAGACGGCGGCGGCUGGACCGUCAUCCAGCUCCGUGCCAACGGCAGCCUCAGCUUCCAGAGGAGCUGGAGGGAGUACAGACAGGGGUUUGGGGAUGCUGCAGGCGAGCACUGGCUGGGUAACGAGGCCGUGCACCUCCUGACGAGCCAGGGCCCCUAUGCCCUGCGCGUGGAGCUGCGGGACUGGGAGGGCGGCCAGGUCUAUGCCCACUACGGGAAGUUCCAGCUGGGGAGCGAGCGGCAGCUCUACAGGCUGUCACUGCAGGACUACAGCGGCACGGCCGGGCAGCAGAGCGGGUUGGCACUGCAGGGCACCCGCUUCAGCACCCGCGACGCCGACAACGACAACUGCCUCUGCAAGUGUGCCCAGAUGCUGUCGGGAGGCUGGUGGUUUGAUGCCUGUGGGCUCUCCAACCUGAACGGCAUCUACUACCCCGCGCGGCACAACAUCCGCAAGCUCAACGGCAUCCGCUGGCACCACUUCCAGGGGCCCAGCUACUCCCUGAAGGGCACCCGCAUGCUCAUCCGCCCUGCCGGCUUCUAGCGCCUCCGCCCGGAGCAGGGCCACCGGGACAAGGGGUGGUUCAUGGGGAACCACCAGAUCCCACCUCCCUUCUCUUCCCAUCCUUCUGUUGGGACUCCUGGGUUUACCCCAGGAUGGGGUCCAAGGCCCACCAGGACCCCCUGCACACGCACCCAGGCUCCAAGGCACGCCAGGGCUUUGCCUUUUCUGUCUUUGGGCGUUGCAAAGCUCCCCGUGGUCCUUUUUCCCCAUGGGAUCAGGGGAGCUGGAGGGGAUGGGGAUCCUCAUGAUGGAGGCCGGUGUUGGCAGAGCCCUGGGAUGGGGUUGAGGGGUUGCAGUUU